AUCUCCAGGGGCACCAUUGAAAUCCUGAGCGAUGUGCAGCUGAUUAAGACUGGAGACAAGGUGGGCGCCAGCGAAGCCACACUGCUGAACAUGCUGAACAUCUCCCCCUUCUCCUUCGGCCUGGUCAUCCAGCAGGUGUUUGACAAUGGCAGCAUCUACAACCCUGAAGUGCUUGACAUCACAGAGGAAACUCUGCAUUCCCGCUUCCUGGAGGGUGUCCGCAAUGUUGCCAGCGUAUGCCUGCAGAUUGGUUACCCGACUGUUGCAUCUGUACCCCAUUCUAUCAUCAGUGGGUACAAGCAGGUCCUGGCCUUGUCUGUGGAGACUGAUUACACCUUCCCGCUUGCUGAAAAGGUCAAGGCCUUCUUGGCUGAUCCAUCUGCAUUUGUGGCUGCUGCCCCCGUGGUUGCUGCCACCACUGCUGCCCCUGCUGCCGCCACCGCAGCCCCAGCCAAGGUUGAAGCAAAGGAAGAGUCGGAAGAGUCGGACGAGGAUAUGGGAUUCGGUCUCUUUGACUGAUCACCAGAAAGCAGCCAACUGGGCCAGCAUUAUUUGUGAAAUG